AUGAAUAAAACUUUAUUAGUAGUAUGUGGAGCUAGUGGAGUCGGUAAAAGUACUCUGAUUGAAUAUUUGAUUAAAAGAUAUCCCAACAAAUUUAAGUUUUCUAUUUCCUAUACAACUAGAAAACCUAGGGGCCAUGAAAUAAAUGGUAUUGAAUAUUAUUUUUGUAGCAAAGAAGAAAUGGAGCAAAUGAUAUUACAGGGUCAAUUAAUUGAACAUGCAAAUGUCUAUGGUAAUAUUUAUGGCACAUCAAUAACUACAAUAGAAAAUAUUGUCAAUGAAGGAAAAUAUUGUAUACUAGAUAUUGAUUUACAAGGGUUAAGACAAAUACAAAGCUCUUCAUAUUCUAAUAAAGCAAAUUACAUUGGAAUUUUACCUCCAUCCUAUGAGGCCCUAGAAGCAAGACUUAUAGAAAGGAAAACAGAUGAUGAAGAAUCCAUUAAGAAAAGACUAAAUAAUUCUAUUGCUGAAAUAGAAGGUAUAAAAAAUACUCCAGGAAUUAAUUUAGUCAUUAAUGAUGACCUUAAAACUGCAUGUAUAGACUUUGUAAAUAUUGUCAAGUAUUUUUGGGAAGAUCUUGAUUAA